AUGUCAAUUGCAACUAGCCGUCAGUCAUCGCGAAGUUUCGUUGACUUGACUCUGCUGAGCUGUGUGCUGAAUACAGAGGGCGACAUUGAUUUGGAGCCAGAUGAGAUGAAGGAUCUUCGGUCGUUUACUGGAGUUCGAAGUGCAUAUCGGAUAAUGGCAGUUUCGCCAGAUGGACAACACGUAUUGUUCAAGUUAGUUGGUUAA